AUGGGAGCAAACGCGGCGGCUUCCCGUCUUGUGGUUCCCGCGGAGCUGCGACUGGGCACGGUGGUGCUCGGCGGCUCGCUCGUUAAACCCAAACCCAUCUACUUCCACCGUAACCGCUGCGUGUUCACGCCUGAGAUCGCCCGGGGGGCGAGGAGCAGCGGUGGUAAGGCGGACGUGCUGGUGUGGUGGGACGUGUUUGGGGAUCACACUACGUGCGACGCGGUGCAGCUGUUCGCGUCGCCCGACUGCUCGGGCACACCCGCGGCAAAGUACCAAAACACAGCGUACAUGAGCUUUUUUACUCCUCCUGCUCGCCUUUGCACGUCUUACUCACAUGCCGCCUCCCGCCCACACCCCAAUCCCCUCAUGCCUCAAUCGUUCCCCAUGUGCCCGUCCGUCCGCACGCCCCUCCCCCCUCCCAUACGCCCCUCCCAUACGCCCCUCCCAUGCGCCCCUCCCAUGCGCCCCUCCAUGCGCCCCUCCCCCCCAUGCGCCCCCCCCAUGCGCCCCCCCCAUGCGCCCCCCCCAUGCGCCCCCCCCAUGCGCCCCCCCCAUGCGCCCCCCCCAUGCGCCCCCCCCAUGCGCCCCCCCCAUGCGCCCCCCCCAUGCUCCCCUUCCAUGCGUCCCUUUCCCCCAUGCGCCCUUCCCCCCCAUGCACCCCCCCCAUGCACCCCCCCCAUGCGCCCCUCCCAUGCGCCCCUCCCAUGCGCCCCUCCCAUGUCUCCCUCCCCCCUGUGUGCGUGUGAGAACAGUGUCACCAAGAUGGGCGCAACACUGAAUGCCAUCAAGACGGAUGCAUCAGUGAAGUCCAUCCGCUGCGUUCUCAGUGAGUGCCGUACUGUUCCUUCCCAAGCAUUGGCCAUUCUCCUACGCCCUGCUGCUACCAUCUCUGCCCUGCGGCUGCCAUCUUUCCCUUUCAUUGUCCUCUGCCCCUUACCUGCAUCUCCCAUAGCACCUGCCUUCUCCCUUGCCCCCUGUCUCUCCUUCCCCUCUUCCACCCCUUUCUCCACUCUCCCUCUCCUUUCCACCCUCUCCCUCUCCUUUCCACCCUCAGCCCCUCCUUUGCACCCUCUCCCUCUUCUUCCGCUCUCCCCUAUUAAUGAUGUGUUGCUAUGGAGCUCGGCUCGAGUGCCCCUGGACUCCUCCUGA